AUGGAAAAAAGUGCUGCAGAUGAAGAGCUUCGAAAGCAUGUCGGAGGCCUACUGCGUCGCCAUGCAGGGUCCGAUGAGUUUUGGUCAGCGGCAGAGGUACUGGCAGGAUUUUUGGACAAGGUGAACAAGUCAGCCGAGGAAUUCAAGGAGAUGAUCACAAAUGCACCGCCUCCAGAGCUUGUUCAAAGUGACGAAUACCAAUGCUAUGCAGAAUUCUGCUGCCGCAAAUGCGGGCGUGCUUGGCAAACCAUCCUUGCAUGGGGAGUAUAUGAUCUGCAGAACAAAUACAAGUGCGAUUGCUUAACAGCAGGCACACGGCGACGGAGGUUUCAUGAAGUCCGGGUUGAUGAGGAACGUCUUGCAACAGUUGGAUGCAUUCACACUUUGUUGAACUGGUAUGACCUCACACAAGACCGAGUCACCCGAAUGAAGUGGAUUCCUGUGGAUGGCGCAGGUCCUCCCCAGCAAGGCUGUCAAAACUGCCACGCGUGGAACAAGGCCACGGUUUGCGAGAUAUUCUGGGAUCAGCCUGGCCAUGGCCGACACAAGCCUGAGCGGUGUCCCAAAUGCAGAUGGCGGGGAGAGUGGUGUGCUGGUUCAUUCCACAGAGCCGACGUUUUGCUCCGAUAUCGCGUCUUUUCAGAACUCAUCACUCCUGGUAUGGAGUGGAGUAAAAGUGAAUCUGGCUUAGAGACAGAAUUUCGCUACAAAGGAUACCGUGUCCUGCUUCAGAUUCGUCCAUACCUUUUCAUUAUCCCCCAGCACAGGGAAGCUCGGACUUCCACUGGGCAAAAAGAGCAUCUUUUGCGGGGUGACCGCAUUCCAGCCGGAGCCGAUCCUGUAAAACUGCUGCUGCGCCUUGCUUUGGAACGCAUGCAUUUGGGGCGCACCGAUGAUGAGUCCCUCUUUGAUGAUGCUGAGGCCACCAUGGGCUGCAAGCUCUACGGCCCAUGGAGGGCGUACUCUUUAUAUGGGCGGCGCAACGACUAUGGUGAACGUCAUGGUGUUGUCUACUACAAGCCAAGAGGAUGGGUGAAGCGGCGAAUCAAGGUGGAAGCUGCAGAGUGGGAGAAGAUCAAAGAUUGGCCAAUCCUGUGGCACGGAACAUCCUUGGAACAUGCAGCGGAAAUCGUCUUCACAAGCCUUCGCAAGCCGGGCGAAGGGGGAUGCAGAAUUGUUCAUGGGCAAGCAGGGUCAACUACAAAGACCACCAUCUACUUGUCUCCAGCUCUAGGGGUUUCAAGCCAUCCUGUUUACUCGGGAUUUUUUGAGCUGAAGAAGGGUCAGCUGUGGGUUCAGGUGGUGUUUCAGUGCAAAGCGCGCCCAGGUUCAUGGCAGGUCCGGAAUAGCACACUUGGCGGUGUUCGGCAUUGGCCUCGUCAGUUGCAGAUUGAUCAGAACUUCAAGACGCAUGAGAACUUGGAAUUCCUGGUGGAAGAUCCUGCAGAUGUGGUGGUGACAGGCCUCAUGUUUCGUCAAUUUGGGCCAGCAGCAGAUGCUUCAAUCUGCGGAGACUUGGUGAAACAGGUGAAUGAUCGUAAUGGAGGAGGAGCUAAAGCAGCUGGCUAUAGCUGGACGGCGUUGCUAGAAGCUGAUUUUAGGCAACGAAACUUGUACAGUGGGGGAGCCUAG